CAUAGAUCUUUGAAGACCAAAGCUUAUCCACUGCCAGAAGUACAUUGUGGUCGCUUUUCUCCGACACAGGUUCUAGGGCUAAAGAUACCGAUUGCUGAAAUCCGCAAUGCAACAAAUAAUUUCAACACCAAGCUGAUGAUUGGAGAGGGUGAGUUUGGGAAAGUCUAUAAAGGAACUCUUAGGAAUGGUAUUAAAGUUGCUGUCAAACGAAGACGUUCAGGACGUGCUCAGGAUUUUUCAGAAUUCCAAACGGAGAUCUUGGUAUUGUCUAAAUUUCGCCAUCGCCAUCUUGUUUCCUUGAUUGGGUACUGUGACGAAGGGUCUGAGAUGAUACUAGUUUAUGAAUUCAUGGAGAAAGGGAGCUUGAGAGAUCACCUAUACUAUAUUAAUGAAAGCUCAGGAUCUUUAUUGUCCUGGAAUAGAAGGCAUGAAAUUUGCAUUGGUGUGGCCAAGGGUCUUCAUUACCUCCAUACUGGUUCAGACGGGGGAAUCAUUCACCGUGACGUUAAGUCCACAAACAUCCUGCUUGAUGAAGAUUAUGUGGCUAAAGUUGGUGAUUUCGGUGUUUCGAGAUCUUGUGAUCUUGAUCAAACACAUGUCAGCACCGAUGUAGCAGGCAGCUUGGUUUAUCUUGAUCCCAAAUAUUUUAGACAUCUACAGUUGACACAGAAAUCAGAUGUGUAUUCUUUUGGGGUGGUUCUUCUUGAAGUGCUUUGUGCAAGGCCAGCCAUUAAUAACUCGCUCCCACGGGAUCAGAUAAACUUGGCAGAAUGGGGGAUGUCUUGGCAAAUGAAGGGGCAGCUUGAAAAAAUCAUUGAUCCAAAGCUUGUCGGUAGAAUCAAUCCGAACUCAUUGAAAAAAUUUGGUGAAACAGCAGAGAAGUGCUUGGAAGGCUAUGGUGCUGACAGGCCCACUAUGCAUGAAGUAUUGCGGCAAUUAGAAUAUGCACUGCAGCUUCAACAAACUGCAACAUACAGAGAGCCCCACGAGGACAUCACAAUAGAUGAUGCUUCAGGGGUGUUGCCAUUUCCUCUUUUUCAGCGGUUACCUUGUCAAAGCAGCAUCACAAGUGAAGAAUCCACAAAUAGCAGUGAAGUGUUCUCACGAUUGAAGAUUGAUGAUGAUGCCAAAUAA